UUAGCUUCGUAAGAUUAUGAGGGAUUCCUCCGCGAUUGGCGUGCGCAGCGAGCCUACAGUGCACAGGAGUGAAGCGCUGUCCAGGGUCCUGAAGUCAAGAAGCCGGAGGUGCUGAAGAGCGCGGGCGAUCACGGAGGACUGCAUGUCUGUGCCAAUCCAGUCUUGAGAUGACUCGGAAAAGACUGCGCUUUGUGGCUGCUUGGGGAUUCAUUGCGUGGGAAAUUGGAAUUCUGUUGAGUUUGGUUGCAUCAAAAGAACCAGAAAGCCCUCGAAGGAGAGCAGCACCCAUGUCACCCUCUGACUUUCUUGAUAAGCUCAUGGGAAGAACCUCAGGUUAUGAUGCCAGAAUUAGGCCAAAUUUUAAAGGCCCGCCUGUGAAUGUAACAUGCAACAUAUUUAUUAACAGUUUUGGAUCCAUCGCAGAGACAACUAUGGAUUACAGAGUGAACAUAUUCCUCCGGCAGCAGUGGAACGACCCCCGGUUAGCUUACAGCGAAUACCCGGAUGACUCUCUGGACCUGGAUCCCUCUAUGUUGGACUCCAUUUGGAAGCCUGAUCUGUUCUUUGCCAAUGAGAAGGGAGCACAUUUCCAUGAGGUCACCACUGACAACAAGCUCUUGAGAAUAUUCAAAAAUGGAAACGUCCUCUAUUCAAUCAGAUUGACUCUGACGCUCUCGUGUCCGAUGGAUCUGAAGAAUUUCCCCAUGGAUGUGCAGACGUGCAUAAUGCAGCUGGAGAGUUUUGGUUACACAAUGAAUGACCUGAUCUUUGAGUGGCAAGAAAAGGGACCAGUGCAGGUGGCUGAUGGACUGACCCUUCCACAGUUCAUCCUCAAAGACGAGUCUGAUUUAAGAUACUGCACCAAGCACUACAACACAGGCAAGUUCACAUGCAUUGAGGUACGAUUUCACCUGGAGAGACAGAUGGGCUACUACCUGAUCCAGAUGUACAUUCCCAGCCUGCUCAUCGUCAUCCUCUCCUGGGUCUCCUUCUGGAUCAACAUGGAUGCAGCUCCUGCCCGUGUGGCGUUGGGAAUCACUACAGUGCUCACAAUGACAACGCAAAGCUCGGGAUCCAGGACAUCCUUACCUAAGGUGUCCUAUGUGAAGGCUAUUGACAUCUGGAUGGCUGUGUGUUUGCUGUUUGUGUUUUCGGCACUGUUGGAGUACGCUGCAGUUAACUUUGUUUCAAGGCAACAUAAGGAACUGUUGCGAUUUCGGCGGAGAAGGAAGAAGUCUGGCAAGGAGGAGGAGGUGCGGGAGAGCCGGCUGAACUUCACGCCAAAUGCAGGAAAAGACGGUGCUGUGCCCAAAACUGCUAACAAUGCAGCCACAACACCAUCAGAACCAGCUGUUGCUGCCGGAAAGAGUCACGAGGAGAUGAGAAAACUCUUUAUCGACCGAGCCAAAAAGAUCGACACUGUGUCUCGUGCCGGAUUCCCACUGGCCUUCCUUUUUUUCAAUAUUUUCUAUUGGGUUCUAUACAAAAUUCUUCGCCACGAGGAUGUGCACAAGCCAUAGACGGACCAUGGCUUGUGAACGAACUGCAUAUCGCUGAACGUUUCCUGCCAAGAUCUAUGCUUGAGUCUGAAAAUGACUGAGAAAAACUGUGAUGUCAAGGACCAAAUGGCUACAUUCAAUGGUUUGUUUGUGUUGUACACCCAUAUAAAGAGACACUGCGCUCACUAUGCAAAGGAUAGACAUUUGUAGGGACACUUACACACCUGUCCUGCAACUGAACCAACAGUGGACAGCACUUCUACACAUUUUUAAUACAGAAGCACAGUCCGACACUGACUACUACAGCCCCUUGUUGAGACAAUGUGUGUGUGUGUCUUGCACUGGUUUUGUUGACUUUGUCGUCUUACAGCUUU